UCUCUCUCUCUCUCUCUCUCUCUCUCUCUCUCUCUACCAAUUUCAGAUCCUUGUUCAGUUAAGCAGCUAGCAAACAUGGCCACAACGAUGAACGUAUUCUCUACCAAAUGGUCCUCUGAAAUGGAUAUAGAAGAGUAUAGCAUCAUCCACCAGUACCACAUGAACUCACUCGUAGGAGAUUUUCCACAAUCUCUCUCAUCUCUUGAUGAUACUACCACUAAUUGUUAUAACUUUGAUGCUUCUUGUGGUGAUGAUUUGGUGGAAGAGAAACCUUCAAAGAUCCUCAAGACUACUCACGUUUUACCAAAGUUACAUCCAUGUCCGUACUCCAAUCCUACUCAGCCAUCUUCUAGAAUUCUUUCUUUCGAAAAGACGGGACUGAAAGUAAUGAAUCACAACUCUCCAAACUUAAUAUUUACCCCCAAGAAAGAAGUUGGACCACCAGAUCUGAUAACAAGAGGGACAAAGAGGGCUCAACCCUUUACUCGAAGCCAAUCAAAUGCUCAAGAUCACAUACUCGCCGAGAGAAAACGCAGAGAAAAACUGACUCAAAGAUUUGUAGCUCUUUCCGCCCUGAUUCCUGGUCUAAAGAAGAUGGACAAGGCUUCUGUGUUGGGAGAUGCAAUAAAGCAUAUAAAGUACCUCCAAGAGAGUGUGAAAGAGUAUGAAGAACAAAAGAAAGAAAGAACAAUGGAAUCGAUGGUUCUUGUGAAAAAAUCUCAGGUUUUGGAUGAUAAUCAUCAAUUAUCAUCAUCUUCCCCUGAUGAAAAUCGUGACUGCUCGAGCUCGAAUCUUCCAGAGAUGGAGGUUAGGGUUUCAGGAAACGAUGUUCUUAUUAAGAUCAUAUGCGAGAAGCAAAAUUGCAAUCUGAUCAAGAUUAUGAGUGAGAUUGAAAAACUUGGUUUGUCUAUCACCAACAGCAGUGUCUUGCCAUUUGGACCCACUUUCGACAUCUCUAUCAUCGCUCAGAAGACAAGCGAUUUUGAUAUGAAUGUUGAGGACGUUGUGAAGAGCUUGAGUUGUGGUUUUUCAUAGUUGAUUUGAUUGGUUCCAUAUUGCUUAUCUACUCACAUUCCUCAACGAUUUCUCCGACCCAAGAAUCUAAAAUUGAUUUUUACAUGAAAGUGUUUUUUUAAGGUUUCUUAGUCAUCUGUAGAACCUUGUUCGUGUUGUUUAUAUGUCCUGAACACAUCAUCAAUAUGUCAUCAAUGUUUUAGUAGACGGGAUAUUUUUCGCAGCUACUUGAUUAUUUCUUGCGAUUUAAAGCAUUCCGUUUAUUUUAUGAAUGUCAUUUUUUUACUUAUCACUUCUCUUGUUAAGCAAACAUAUUUA